AUGCCACCACAGAAGAUUGCACCAGUCAAAUGGAAGCCCCCAAAGGGCCCCAAGCCGGUGCACCACAAGAACAAGAACACCAUUGGUUUGGGUAGAUCCAUUCAAAACCAGAGGGCCUCUGAGAACAGAGUCGAGUAUCUUCCAGACGGAGAGAUGAGAUUCACCACAGAUAAGCACGAGGCUAACUGGGUAAAGAUGAGAUCAGUGACCCAGGAGAAUGCGCUGGACGAAUUUUUGAAUACUGCAGAGUUGGCAGACACGGAUUUCACUGCGGAGCGUGGAUCCAGUGUGAGAAUUAUCAGGGUUGACAACUCAGACAAUAACCCAUAUUUGAUGACAGGCGAUCAGCAGAAAGAAGCCUUCCACAAGCACCAGAAUUUGGAGUUUGAGCUCACGGUUCCACGCAGACCGCGCUGGGACGAGACCAUGACCAAGACCGUCUUGGAGAGACAAGAGAACGAGGCUUUUCUGGAGUGGAGAAGACAACUGGCUUCUUUGCAGCAGAACAACGAUCUUUUGCUGACCCCUUUUGAAAGAAAUUUACAGGUUUGGAAGCAGCUGUGGAGAGUGGUGGAGAGAUCUGAUUUGGUGGUACAGAUCGUUGAUGCCAGAAGUCCGUUGGCAUUCAGGUCCAAAGAUCUCGAGAAAUAUGUCAAGGAAGUCGACGAGAGAAAGGCCAAUCUCUUGCUGGUGAACAAAGCAGAUUUGCUGACUUUGAAGCAAAGGACGGCCUGGGCCAAGUAUUUCAAGAAGCAUAACAUCAAGUACACAUUCUUUAGUGCACUGCAGGCGAACGAGCUAUUGGAGAAACAGGCCCAGGAAGAAGCUGCUGCCUCCAAGGAGACAGAGGCUGCUAAUGAAGCUAGUGAAGUUGUGACUGAUGACGCUGUAGCCCAGCCAGAGGAACUCGAAAAAGACCCAGACAUGACUGCCAUCGUGAGCAUAAACGAACUGGAAAGCUUGUUCAUGAAGGCAGCACCUGGCCCGCUCACUGUUCCUCUCAAUGGCCAAGAACCAAAGCUUCAAAUUGGUUUGGUGGGUUACCCUAAUGUUGGUAAAUCUUCGACCAUCAAUGCCCUAGUAGGCUCCAAGAAGGUGUCGGUCUCGUCUACUCCAGGUAAGACCAAGCAUUUCCAGACAAUUCUGCUUUCUGAUAAGGUCAUUCUGUGUGAUUGUCCUGGUCUCGUUUUCCCAAAUUUUGCAUACACAAAUGGUGAUCUUGUUUGUAACGGAGUGCUGCCAAUUGACCAAUUGCGCGAGAUCACAGGUCCCUGUCAGCUGGUUGCCCAGAGAAUACCCAAGUUCUUCCUAGAGGCUGUAUACGGUAUUGCCAUUCCUAUCAAACCUAUAGAGGAAGGAGGCAAGGGUUAUCCUACAUCUCAGGAGCUUCUCACAGCUUAUGCCAGAGCAAGAGGUUACAUGACACAGGGUUUUGGUUCUGCUGACCAGAGUAGGGCGGCCAGAUACAUCCUGAAGGACUACGUGAAUGGAAAACUGUUGCAUGUUCAGCCGCCUCCACAUGACGAUGAUACCCCGGUGACACUGGAAGACGAACAGGCGUUUAAUGCUGAGCUCUAUACGGUGGAUUAUUUGCCUGAGACCAGGAGAGAACAGUUGAUGCAAGCCGCACGUGACAAGGGACUGAGCCAGGUGGAUUUGGCAACAGAUCUUUCGAAGCUGACGUUUAGUGCGCAUAUUGGUGCUAAGGAUGGUGACAAGAAGGCUGAAGCACACACGGGCACGAACUACGGUGGUAAGCAGGCUGCUCUGUUCAGUGCUGGUGACGAGCUGGACCGGGAGUUCUUCAAUAUGAAUGAGGUGAGAGGCACCUACGCCAAGCCUUUCCACAAAACCGAGCUUCCUGCCAGUGGGAAAAAGCACAAUAAGAAGAACAAGAAGGCCCACAAGAUAACCGCAUGA